AGACGAAACACAGAGAACAACACCACGCUGGUUUCCUUCAUGUCAGGCCACAGUCAGCCAGCACGUUGGCCAACGAGCAGCAGCAGCAAUGACAGUGACGUACUCCCGCCGAGUUGCUGAUGCAGGUUUGGGGACCUUCUUUCACCUCCUCCUGCGAUGGAGGGGCAGCAUCUAUAAACUGCUCUACAGGGAACUCAUCAUCUUCACUCUGCUCUACUACUUCUUCAGUGUUGUUUACAGGUUUGUGUUAAACGAUGACCAGAAGAGGCUGUUUGAGAAGCUGUCGCUGUACUGCGACCGCUAUGCAGAGCUCAUCCCUGUGUCAUUUGUGUUGGGCUUCUAUGUGACCUUGGUCGUGUCCCGUUGGUGGGGACAGUUUGAGAAUGUACCCUGGCCAGACCGUUUGGCGGCAUUAGUGGGAGGUCAUGUUCGAGGAGCCGACGAGGCCUCCCGGCUGACCCGUAGAACACUGAUGAGAUACGCCAACCUCUCUGGUGCGCUCAUCUACCGCUCUGUCAGCACAGCAGUCUACAAGAGGUUUCCCACCAUGGAGCAUCUGGUGCAGGCAGGUUUGAUGACGUCAGAAGAGCGGAGGCACUUGGAGGAUUUGCCCUCUCCUCACAACAAGUUCUGGGUGCCCUGCAUGUGGUUUGUCAGCUUGGCUCUGAGGGCGCGGACUGAGGGUCGCAUCAACAAUGACGUGGCGCUCACUGCCAUCCUCGCUGAGUUGAAUAGUUUACGGGCGAAGUGUAUGAAGCUUUACGGUUAUGACUGGAUCAGCCUGCCUCUUGUCUAUACUCAGGUGGCGACAGUUGCGGUCUACAGCUUCUUCCUGGCGUGUCUGAUUGGUCGUCAGUUCUUGGAUCCGACUCAGGGAUACCCUGGUCAUGAAAUGGACUUCUACCUCCCUGUUUUUACCCUGCUGCAGUUUUUCUUCUAUGUUGGGUGGCUGAAGGUGGCUGAGCAGCUCAUAAAUCCAUUUGGUGAAGAUGAUGAUGACUUUGAAACCAACUGGCUCGUGGACCGCAAUUUGCAGGUGUCCUUGCUGUCUGUGGAUGAGAUGUAUGACAACCUGCCCCUGGUUGAGAGGGACAUGUACUGGAAUGAGUCUGAACCACAGCCUCCUUAUACUACAGCCAGUGCUGAACACCGUAAGCCCUCCUUCAUGGGCUCAGCGCUGGAUAUCAGUGUUCCUAAGGAGGAGAUGGAGUUUCAGUCCAAUCUGGAGCAGAUCAAAGAAAAUGAAGAAGCCAACUACUCCACUCCUCUGCUUGGAGGCCUCGGUCGUCUUCUCGGUGUCCACUCCCCGAACUUCCCUCGCUCCUCUCGGGUCUCUCUGCUCCGCCGCCGCCCUGGAGCUCCACUGAGCCGCUUCCCCCUUUACUUGCACUCAGAAGCACCUUUGAGUCAAGGUCAAGCACGCCAGGAGGGAGACCCAGACUAUGCGUUCUCCACCACGCCCUUGUAUGAAAGACCAGGUUUCUACAGCUGCCCCCAAACCCCCAUUCACUGCGUGCCCCCUGCGGUGCCCCGUCCUCGACCUCCCAGGAGAACCCAAAAUGAGUUGGAUCGCAGCUGCAGUUCUCUAGCUCCUCCAACGGUGGGCUCCCAGCUGCUGCCUCCUGACACCCCUAACCACAUCCCCCCUCCGCCCUCCUCUGCUUUCCCCUGGCUGAGUGAGGAUGGUGACAUGCAGAGCGCCCCUACCUUCUCCUUCCCUGACCCUCCACCUGAACUCUGCCCUAUAUCUAAACUCAGACUGGGACACGGCCUGCUGUCUCGCCGCCCUCCUCCUCCUCGCCUCACCCUGGACACCCUACCAUCCGCUGACAGUCAGCCUGGACCAGCGAGUGCUCGGGCCACAGGAGGCGGAGGAGAAAGGGUGUUCUCGUUCACUCCCCCGUCUCGUACAACGGCAGCAAAUCCCAGUAAUCCCAACAGCAGCUCUAGCAGCAUUAAUGCAACAAGUACCAACAGCGCGGGCACAACGGGAAGUCUGUGCAACGGCACAGGUCACAGUAAUUUUAGUAACCAUGGGAACUUCAGCGGCAACAUGAGGGCAAGCAAUGGGGGCACCAGCGGUGGGUUGAGCAAUAACAUGAACACAGUUUCCACACUGACGCCAUCACAACAAGAAACCAAUCAGCAAAACUCACCCAAUGAUUCAGGAAUCUCACUGGCUGAAGGGGACCUGCUGGGCGUUCUGGUGGAUGGGGGGGUGAACAAGGCAGCAGGAGGGAGGGAGCAGGACUGAGAAAAGAAGGUGUGACUCGCUGUUUUUUUUUUAAUCACGUGCCAAAUAUUUCACAAAAACAGGCACUGGACUACAUCAUCUGGAGUCGCUGAAAAUUAUUUACUUCCUGAUGAACUCUCAGAAGAAUUAACCUACUUGUAAUGUAAAAAGCACCUUGUGAGAUUUAACAGUCACUGUGUUGUGGAAAAAUUCCAGUUUGCAACAUACUUGAGUUUCCUCAGAAAC